AAAUUGUAAUCUAUAAUGGAUAUAAGCAGCAAUCACUAUCGCAUACCAAGUUAUUGAUGCUGUGUAGUCAGGAAAGGCAAAUGCGCAAUCAAAGCUGGAAUUGCCCAGCGGAUCUCUAGAAAUUCAGUUAAAUAUACAACAAAAUGGCAUACAUCAGAAUCACGCAAGUGGAUGCUAUAUUGUUGCUAGAUCGACAAGGUGGAAGGAUCGCAGUCAACUAUUACCCUCAGCAUUGCGCUGCACCAACAAACCCAGGAGCACCUAGCCAUCUCUGGGAAGAUUUAAAUAAACAAAAGGCACUUGAAAAGACAAUCACCCAAGAACUGGGAUUAAACGAUGCUCAUGAGGGAGCGACAGGUUGUCGCAUGGUUGAAGGCUACCUAGUGAAUUAUUACCAUGCAAUCGACUUCAGCAUACUGGUGUUAGGACCGACGAGCGAAAAUGAAAUACUGCUCUCGGAAGUAUGCAAUACCGUCAAAAAAUGUCUAACGGCAAUCACAGAUGAGCAGCUGAAGGUUGAAGUCAUCUGCAACAAGCUAGAUUCGGUAUUCCUAAUACUGGACGACGUAGUGGAUGGAGGAAUAAUUAUGGAAUCGGAUCAUAACGUAAUCGUAAAAAGACUCAAGGGUAAAUCAGGAGAUUCCUCGGACCAUAUGCCACUCAACCAGGCAAUAUACAACAUACGCAACAACGUUAUCAGGAAUUUGCUAAAUUCCUGAAAAUGGGUAACUACCACCUAAACGCUGAGAUUAUAAUGUCACCGUGGUGUAUUGCACAUUACACAUGUGUAGACACAACAGAGGAUAUUAAUAUAUAAACAAU